UUCUUCCCUUAGUUAAAAUGGCGCCAUCACGGAAGUUGCCGAAGCCCUAGAGGUUACCGAAGCGGGUCCGGAAGCUACCGAGCAAGUCCGGAAGUUGCCGAAAGAGAGCAGCGGGGAAGGAGGAUGGCGGAUAUCAUCGCAAGACUCCGGGAGGACGGGAUCCAAAAGCGUGUGAUACAAGAGGGCCGAGGAGACCUCCCUGACUUUGAGGAUGGAACCAAGGCCACCUUCCACUACCGGACACUGCACAGUGAUGAUGAAGGCACCGUGCUGGACGACAGCCGGGCGCGUGGCAAACCCAUGGAGCUCAUCAUUGGCAAGAAGUUCAAGCUGCCCGUGUGGGAGACCAUCGUGUGCACCAUGCGCGAAGGGGAGAUCGCCCAGUUCCUCUGCGAUGUCAAGCACGUGGUCCUGUACCCACUGGUGGCCAAGAGCCUGCGCAACAUUGCUGCCGGCAAGGACCCCCUGGAGGGGCAGCGGCACUGCUGUGGCAUCGCCCAGAUGCACGAGCACAGCACUCUGGGCCACGCCGACCUGGACGCCCUGCAGCAGAACCCCCGGCCUCUCAUCUUUGACAUUGAAAUGCUGAAGGUGGAGAACCCCGGCACAUACCAGCAGGACCCAUGGGCCAUGACGGAUGAGGAGAAGGCCAAGGCAGUACCAGUCAUCCACCAGGAGGGCAACCGGUUGUACCGUGAGGGGCACGUGAAGGAGGCUGCCACCAAGUACUACGACGCCAUCGCCUGCCUUAAGAACCUGCAAAUGAAGGAACAGCCUGGGUCCCCUGACUGGAUCCAGCUGGACCAGCAGAUCACCCCGCUGCUGCUCAACUACUGCCAGUGCAAGCUGGUGGCCGAGGAGUAUUACGAGGUGCUGGACCACUGCUCCUCCAUCCUCAACAAGUAUGAUGACAAUGUCAAAGCCUACUUCAAGCGGGGCAAGGCCCAUGCAGCCGUGUGGAAUGCCCAGGAGGCCCAGGCUGACUUUGCCAAGGUGCUGGAGCUGGACCCAGCCCUGGGGCCAAUUGUGAGCCGUGAGCUUCGGGCCCUGGAGGCACGGAUCCGGCAGAAGGACGAGGAGGACAAGGCCCGUUUCCGGGGCAUCUUCUCCCACUGACAGGGUCCCUGGCCCUGCCCACCCUAAUGCUGUUCCCACCAGGCCACCUGCCCCGACUACACUUCAGUUCUUCUGUAUAAAGGCCUUAUUUAUCUCUU